AUUAUUUACCUUGGUUUCUCGCACUGAACUUUCCAAUAAACGCUGCACUCAUGAUUUGUGACGUAAUUUGGCUUGUUUCUAUAGAAUAGUUCUCGUUAUCAACAUGUCUUAUACAAAGAAGACACCAGUCUCACAGAAACAAGAUAAGGAAGGUGCAUCAUCUACCACUUUAGCAGCAGUAGCAUUCCAAGAUCACCUUGUCCGCUCACUUAAUUUAGGAGCGCCUGUCAGAAUAGGACCCAGACAGAUAGGACUAGGUCCCGCAGCGAAAGCCAAACAGAAACAAAAGAAAGAGAUCAAAUCCCAGACAGAUACCGGACUGAGAAAACCCAGGCCAAAAGAAUAUGCCAAGAAAGAAGAACAAGAGUAUGUAUUGGAUGCAAAGCCAAUUUCCUUGACUCUAGCACAAAAGUUGGGAUUGAUUGAUGCCCCCGAUCUACCUCUCUCUGAAAAUGAAUGGCAAAAUGUAAAAUUCAAGUCAAAUGAAAGAGAUGACUCCAAAUUACCAUGCGUCAUCUGCAAAGAAGACUUUGGAACCCAAGAGCAGGUGUUGCUGUCUUGUUCCCAUGUUUUCCAUCGGGCAUGCUUACAAGCUUUUGAAAGAUUCACUGGCAAGAAAACCUGUCCAAUGUGUCGUAAAGAACAGUAUCAAACACGAGUAAUUCACGAAGGUGCAAAAGAGCAUCGACAUAAAUGUGCCACAAGCAUCCAGGCUGCUUGGAGAGGCUAUGUGGUUCGUUGCUGGUAUCUGAAGUUAAGGGAGACAAUUCCACCCACAGAUCCCAAGCUUCGCAAAAAAUUUUAUGCAACUAAGCUAUCCAGUAUUACAGACAGAAUGUUGAGAUCCUGCGACUUCAACAUUGAUGUCUUUUUAACCGAAAUUGAUGAGAAUCUAGCAGCAAGUCGUGCAGUGUUCCGCAACUUUGAUGCUACUUUCAACAUAAUGACAGAAGAACAAUGGGAAGAAAUUCAACUAAAGGCUGUAAUGAGACAGGAGGUAGAGUGCCCUAUCUGUUUAGGAGCUCUGGUUUUACCUGGAUACAUGGGGAAUAGUUCAAACCAUGCUUACACUACACAAGAACUUCAUCAUACCAUGUCAAGUAUGUCCAAACUCCCUGAACAAACAGACUCCAGGAGAUCAGGGGACAAAAGCACAGGCCCCAUAAUCACCAAGCCAACUUCUCACAGCAUGAAUACCAAUCAACCUAACUGUAAUUCUAAAUCAUGUACAAGAAAGACAGUUCUCCUGUCCUGUUCUCAUGUGUUCCACGAGACAUGUUUACGAACCUUUGAGGAGCUCGGCUGCGAGGAGAGACCCGUGUGCCCGGUCUGUCGUUCCCAGUACCAGAAACGGAUCAUCAGCUUGUAACUUUCUUACAAUGUCACUUAUAUAAAUAUACACUAUAUAGCAUUAAGAUGAUUUUUAGUACAGAUGAGUAAUAAUUCAUCUUACUGUGCUUGAAUUUUCCUCAACUGUUUGUAUGCACUACAAGAAUGGAUAGUUCACAUUAGAAAUGCUAAAGCAAACAUUAGCAAUGUGUUAUUUUAAAAUGCUACAAAAAUUUGCAGUGAUUGAAUUCACUAUCCUUUGCAUUAUUUCCGUAACUCAAUAAAUGACAUAUUUAGAACCAAAAAAAAACCCAACAUAUCCCCCCCCCCCCCCAUAUAUUGCAAAAGAUUUAAUUUAAAAUGUCUGUAAUGAUAAAUGAAAAAUAAGGUUAUCUGUUAGUCAGGGGCAACCACAGUACUACAAUGUAGGUUUGAUCUCUGGAUGAGUCAGGCAAACAGUUUUUAAGAUUCAGAGUGAAUUGAUUUAAGAUUCAAAAUUAAAAGGAGGCAGAUCUUGUGACUUGAAAACCAUUUGGUGUAAUUUACUCUUUAGGGGGAGGAGUCAUUUACUCUUUAGGGGGAGGAGUUGAUUUACUCUUCAGCGGUAAGAGUUAUUUACUCUUCAGUGGUAGGAGUUAUUUACUCUUUAGGGGGAGGAGUUAUUUACUCUUUGGGGGGAGGAGUUAUUUACUCUUUAGGGGGAGGAGUUAUUUACUCUUUAGGGGGAGGAGUUUUUUUACUCUUUAGGGGGAGGAGUUUAUUUACUCUUUAGUGGGUACCAGAGUACCAAGUUUGAUGUAUGUCAUACAAAGGGUUCACAAUAUAUUAAGCAGACAGUAUUUUCUUAUGUCCAGAGAAGUUUAACCCUUGACCUUGUGAUCUCAGUCUAUAGGGGUCACCUACUAGUGCUCAUUAGGAUGAACCAGUGUACCAAGUUGGAUAUUUGUCAGACAAAGGGUUCUCAAGAUACUGAGUGGACAAUAUCUUCAAUAGCUAGAGUAAUUUGACAUGGUGACUUCAAAAUCUAUAGGGGUCAUCUACUCCAUAGGUAAAACCUUUGUACCAGGUUUGAUGUUGAAAGAAAGGUUUCUAAAAAUAUUGAGGAAGCAGUAUCUCAUAGUAUAUCCAGAGUGAUAUGACCUUGCACCCUUAAAAUCAAUUGGGGUCAUCUACUUCUCAAGGGAACAAAUGUACCCCAUUUGAUAUCCCUCAAGAAUAGGGUUAUCAGGAUCUUGUGCAGACAGUAUCUUCCUAUGUUCAGAGUAAAUUAACCCUUGUCCUUUAACUUGUGACCUCAAAAUCAAUAGCUAUAGGGGUUGUCUACUUUUUUGCAUGGGGAACCCGGUUUAAAAAUUUGAUGUCUGUAAAGCAAAGGCUACUUUAGAUAUUGGGCAGACAACACUUGGUUUACAGCCCAAAACACCACCUAACCUAUAGGUGAAAACCAAUAUCCAUUUUUCAAGUUUGGUACAAAACUAAUUGUGAUCUUCUGGAAUUAUGUUUUUAUUAAAAUUGCCUUUUAAUAGAAUUCUUGACUGUAAAGACAUUUUUAAAAAUUAAUUUCUCGAGGUACAUUGUAAGCAGUGUUUUGUAUAGAAUGAAUACAUCUGUACAUACAGCAAAUUAUAUUAUAAUGAAGUGCUAGGUACAAGUGAAAUUACUUCAUUAUACACAAACUUCAUUAUGUACAUUGUGUAUAAUGACUUAUUGGCAAUCCAACUAAAAAGUUUGCUAUGCAAGAAAUACUUUUAACUGAAAGCUUAUUAAUUGCAUUAUUAAAAAAAAGAAUAAAU